AUGGCAGGUCUUCCACGAGCUGUUAUCUCGAACUGGUCCGGGGCUCAUGGAUUCCUGAAGGAUGAUGAUCAUACCUCGAGCCAUCAUAGCAUUCAGAGCAACAGGAACAUUCAGGGUCUCAAAGACUUUGACGAAGUCGUGGACGACGAGGGGAUUGUACAUGUGCCUAGACGCAAACAGCAACACGUUUCCUCGGACAUUGCAAAGGUAUCUACAGCUCAGAGAUUUGGAUGCAGCAAUCCGGCCUAUCACAGUCCCGCAAUAAGCUUCUUGCCUCAAAGCUUCCAACAGAAAAGCAUAUCCCAAACAGCGCCAGUUCCUGAAUUUCCAAACGAGAAAUUGCAGGAACCUGCAAAAGACUAG